UGUGUUCAGCCUCGUGGACCAUGUUGGGAGAGGGGAGGGCGGCCUUCCUGGGUGAGAGAUUGGCUGGAGCCCAGCACUUUGACAUUGACGAGGUGUCAGAGCAGAGUUCUCCCUAUCCUCACAUGAUCCCUUCCCCUCACCGCUUCCAGACCUCGUGGCCAAGGUUGGCUUGGGAGAUUGAGAAGAUUAUCAUGGGAGUGGGUAAUGGAGAUCAUGUGGUGGUGUAUGAUGGACACAGUGAGGGACUGAUGGCCUCUGCCAGAGUCUGGUGGAUGUUCAGAGUUGUAGAUGCACGUAGCAAUGCCAGGUUCAGAGGUGAGGUCCCGGAGCCCCGCCCCUCUCUGCCCAGUGGAGGGAUGAAGGGAGCAGUCAACAUCCACUACAGUAGCCUACUGGAUGCUCAGUGGGAGUGCAGGGAGUUCCAGAGGUCUGGAGUGGACUUAACCCAGCCAGUGGUUGCCACAUGUGGUAGUGGUGUCACUGCAGCUAUCAUUGCUCUAGCUGCACACUCUCUCAACACCACCAUCCCUCUCUAUGAUGGGUCAUGGAGUGAGUGGAGACAGAGAGCUCCUCUCCAGACAGUGACAACUGGAGUUACUCAACUACCACACAACACUGCAUCCUAGUUACUAGUUACAAUGUACCAUCCUCCUUACAUAAUGCUUGUCAACACAAUAAGCAUGGUGUAUUUUGACAAGUUGUAUAUACCAGUCACCAUCUAUUUUGAUAAAUGUUUGUACCGUGAAUAUUACAGUGUGUGAAGCGAGAUGUUCAUCUUCAUC